CCCGUCCGGCCGUCAGUCAGUCGGGCGGUCGGUGCGGGAGGGGGAGGGGGAGCGAGAGGCUCGGAGCCCAGCGCUCAGCGCCGCCGGCUCCGCGUCCGCGCCCGGGUGCGGGCGGCACGGGUCGGCCCCGCCGCGCGAGCCCAGCCGUUGGCGGAGCGGGGGCCGAGGCCGCCCGAGGGGGAGCCGCGAGCAGCAGCAGCAGCAGCAGGAGGAGGAGGAGGAGGAGGAGGAGGACGAGGAGGAGGCGGCUUCGCCCCGUUCCUUUCCCUCCCCCCCCGCCGCGGGUCGGGGGAGUCGCGGGCGGGCGCCGCGGAACAAAGGUCCGGCCUCGGCCGCUCAGCCCCCGCCGAGGCUUUUACCGCAGCCUGAGCUCAUCAUGAAGGCCAUUGAUGAGCCUCCCUAUCUCACAGUGGGCACUGAUGUGAGCGCUAAGUAUAGAGGAGCCUUCUGUGAAGCCAAGAUCAAGACAGCAAAAAGACUUGUCAAAGUCAAGGUAACUUUUAGACAUGAUUCUUCAACAGUGGAAGUGCAGGAUGACCACAUAAAGGGUCCCUUAAAGGUGGGAACUGUUGUGGAAGUGAAGAAUCCAGAUGGAACUUACCAGGAAGCAGUGAUCAACAAAUUAACAGAUGCAAGUUGGUACACUGUAGUAUUUGAUGAUGGUGAUGAGAAGACUCUUAGGCGUUCUUCGCUGUGCUUAAAAGGAGAGCGACAUUUUGCUGAAAGUGAGACAUUAGAUCAGCUUCCACUCACAAAUCCUGAACACUUUGGGACUCCUGUUAUAGGAAAGAAAACAAACAGGGGAAGGAGAUCCAAUCACAUUCCUGAAGAAGAAUCUUCAUCCUCUUCCAGCGAUGAAGAUGAAGAUGAUAGGAAACAAAGCGAUGAGUUACUAGGAAAAGUUGUGUGUGUGGACUGCUUCAGUGUGGAUAAAAAGAAAGCUCUGUGGUUUCCAGCCUUGGUGGUUUGUCCAGAUUGUAGUGAUGAUAUUGCAGUGAAAAAAGACAAUAUUCUCGUUCGCUCUUUCAAGGAUGGCAAAUUUGUUUCUGUGCCAAGAAAAGAUGUCCGGGAGAUUAGUGAAACUUCCCCAAAGCCUGAUGCUUUGUUAAAACAAGCUUUCGACCAAGCCCUUGAGUUUCAUAAAAACAGAACUGUUCCUAGUAAUUGGAAAACAGAAUUGAAAGAAGACAGCUCCAGCAGUGAAGCUGAGGAGGAGGAAGAAGAUGAAAAAGAAAAAGAGGAUAACAGCAGUGAGGAAGAGGAGGAAAUAGAGCCUUUUCCAGAAGAAAGAGAGAACUUUCUGCAGCAAUUAUACAAGUUUAUGGAAGACAGGGGGACUCCUAUUAACAAACGACCUGUACUAGGAUAUAGAAAUUUGAAUCUCUUCAAAUUGUUCAGACUUGUGCAUAAGCUUGGAGGAUUUGAUAAUAUUGAAAGUGGAGCAGUGUGGAAGCAAGUUUAUCAAGAUCUUGGAAUUCCUGUGUUGAAUUCAGCUGCAGGAUAUAAUGUUAAAUGUGCAUACAAAAAAUAUCUCUACGGCUUUGAAGAGUAUUGUACCUCAGCAAAUAUUGAAUUUCAAAUGGCAUUACCAGAGAAAGUGACAAGCAAGCCUUGUAAAGACUGUGAAAAAGAAAAAGAAUUGAAGAUGCGUGAAGAUCCAGAGCAGGAUGUAAAAGAAAUAAAAGCGGAUAAGGAGGAGCGCAAGCAAGAGGAAGUAGCAGCAGUACAACAAGAAGAAAAAAAGCUAGCUGAGAAUGAUAAUGAAAGUAAAGAAAAUGAUAAGCCCACUGUUACGGGAAACAGAAAAAAUUUGCCAGAUUCUGCGCAUAUUCAGCCUGAUCAAGAAAAGGACUUAAACGUAAUCAAAACUGAAGAUGAAACCAAAGCAGAAGAUAAAGAAGAAGAAAAGAUCAAAGAAAUGGAAAAUCCUGCUGCAAAUACGGAGGCUGAAGAAAAAGAAAAAUCAGGAGAUGACACGAAUAAGGAAGAAGAUGAAGAUGAAGAAGAAGCAGAGGAGGAGGAAGAGGAGGAGGAGGAGGAAGAAGACAACAAUAACAAUGACGAAGAAGAGUUUGAAUGCUAUCCACCAGGCAUGAAAGUCCAAGUGCGGUAUGGAAGAGGGAAAAAUCAAAAAAUGUAUGAAGCUAGUAUUAAAGAUUCUGACAUCGAAGGUGGAGAAGUCCUUUACUUGGUGCACUACUGUGGAUGGAACGUGAGGUAUGAUGAGUGGAUAAAGGCAGACAAGAUAGUGAGACCAGCUGACAAAAAUGUACCAAAAAUUAAGCAUCGAAAGAAAAUAAAGAAUAAAACUGACAAAGAGAAGGAAGAGAAGUAUUCUCCUAAAAAUUGUAAAUUGCGACGUUUGUCAAAACCACCCUUUCACACCAGCACAUCACCUGAGACUGGGUCCAAGCUUGACAGCGCUGAAGCCAAAAAUACUGAGCAAGCUCCUGUUAAAUCAAUGGAAAUUACUUCUAUCAUUAAUGGGCUUCAAGCUUCUGAAAGUUCUGAUGACAGUGAGCAGGAAGAUGACCAAAGUGCCCAGAACGUACACGCUGAUGGCAAAGAGGAAUCUCAACACGAAGCUGUGAGCCAAGAUAAAAAUGAAUUGUGUUUAAAAGAAGAACAGAGCAGUUCAGCCCUUCCAGAAGAAACUAAAUCUCUGACAGAUGCAGUAGUGCCCAAGUCAGGUUCCAAGUCUCCUGAAAGACUGCGAAAAGAGAUGGAAGAAUUAUCUGAAGAUACCGACUCUGAUGGAGAAGAUGAAGCCACAAAGAAGAGAAAGGAGGUAAAAAAGGAGGUAGUGGAUAAAACAGCAAAACCACAGGUAAAACGUGGUAAACGAAGAUACUGUGUCGCAGAGGAAUCUUUAAAGACUGUGUCGCCUAAUAGGAAGGAUGAGAAGUCCAAAAACAAAGAUUCCCUUAGCUUAGAAAACAGCAGUAACAGCUCCUCAGAUGAAGAUGAGGAAGACAAAUCUAAGGUGAAAAUCACUCCCACUAAAAAGUACAAUGGGUUAGAGGAGAAAAGGAAGUCUUUACGGACAGGUACUUUCUACUCAGGAUUUUCUGAAGUGGCAGAGAAAAGGAUAAAGCUUCUAAAUAACUCUGAUGAAAGACUUCAGAAUACCAGAGCAAAGGAUCGAAAAGAUGUCUGGUCAAGUAUUCAGGGACAGUGGCCGAAGAAAACGUUGAAGGAACUGUUCUCGGACUCUGACACUGAAGCUGCUGCCUCCCCUCCGCACGCUGCUCCUGAGGAUGCUGCAGCAGAGGAGCAGCUUCAGACUCUUGCGGAAGAAGACAUUUCUUUGCCUAGCUCGGAACUUGAAAAACCUUUGCCAGCUAGUGCAGAUGUUAAACCUGUUGAGGAAAAACCAGCUGAAAUGGGUGAAAAGAAAGUUGAAUUUCCAAGCAGUGGCAGUAAUUCAGUGCUUAAUACUCCUCCCACGACUCCGGAAUCGCCUUCAUCUGUAACCGUAACAGACAGUAGGCAUCAGUCCAGUGUCACUGUCUCAGAGACAUUGCCACCAAAUCAAGAAGAGAUACGAAGCAUUAAAAGCGAAACCGAUAGCACAAUAGAGGUGGACAGUGUUGCAGGGGAGCUGCAAGACCUCCAGUCCGAGGGAAAUAUUUCUCCAACAGGUUUUGAUGCCAGCGUCAGCUCCAGUAGUAGUAAUCAACCAGAGCCAGAGCAUACUGAGAAAGUCUGUGCAGGCCAAAAGAGACUUAAAGAUGCUCAGGGAGGAGGCAGCUCCUCAAAAAAGCAGAAAAGAAGCCACAAAACAUCUUCUGUGAACAACAAAAAGAAGAGUAAAACUACAAACAGCAGUGAUAGUGAAGAACUAUCUGCUGGUGAAAGUCUGUCCAAGUCUCAGCCAGCAAAAUCAGUUUCUACUGGCAUGAAAUCUCACCAAACCAAAUCACCUGCAAGAACACAAUCUCCAGGAAAAUGUGGGAAAAAUGGAGAGAAGGAGUCUGAUCUCAAAGAACAGAAUAAUCGUUUGCCCAAAGUUUACAAAUGGAGUUUCCAAAUGUCUGACUUGGAAAAUCUGACUAGUGCAGAACGCAUAACUGUUCUUCAAGAAAAAUUGCAGGAAAUCAGGAAACAUUACCUGUCCUUAAAAUCUGAGGUGGCUUCCAUUGACCGAAGAAGAAAGCGCUUAAAGAAAAAGGAGCGGGAAAGUGCUGCUACUACGUCAUCUUCCUCCUCAUCACCUUCCUCUAGUUCCAUUACGGCUGCGGUUAUGUUAACGUUAGCAGAGCCAUCUAUGUCCAGUUCAUCACAGAAUGGAAUGUCAGUUGAGUGCAGGUGACAGCAGGACUUGCCAAAGCACUUUGCACUUAAUGGCUGCUGAGGGCCACUCUUUUUUUUUUGAUUUUUUUUUUAUACUGCACAGUGGCACAAAAUUCAGACAAGCACUAUUUUGUAUUUAAAGUUGUUUCUUGACAAGCUAACUUUGCACUUAAGUGCACUUUUAUGAAGAAAAAGUACAACAAACUGCUUUUCCUCAAGCAAUAAUUGUUUCCAACUUGUCUGGGAAUUGUAAGUCCAGUGACUCGAAGGCCUUCCACUGUGGCAAAUGGAGGCUGUUCACUGCCUGUAGAGACAGUACAAUAAGCAUAUAGUUGUUGGGUUGAUCUAAAUAAAUGUGGUAAGGCUUACUGUACAUGUAUUCCCUGGUAUUUUGUUAAAGCUGGAACAUUUGAUAUUUUUCCAUUUAUUUAUGACAAAUAUUGAACCUAUUUUCAUUUGUACAAGCUAAUUGUUUUUUAACUGCUAAGCCACCUUAUAGUGGCUUAAUUGUAUACGUCAAGCACAUGUAUUCAAUUCAAAACCUGCAGUUAGGAUGUUUGACAUCAGUCCUGAUAACCAAAUACAAGGAUUCCUUUAAAAACAAACAAAACUGACUAAUGUUUACAGGUUUGAAUUAGGCUUAAAUAGGUUACUCUGGGUUUUAAUGGCCCGUUAAUUGGAAUGAAACUACUGUACUUUGCCAUUUUUCUAUAAAACAGUAUUUUUUUUUAAUUUUGAUAAAAUACAUUAUGAAAAAAGGAAGAAAAUGGCUAACAAACUGUAUUAAAUCUUAAUGUAUAAAGAUUGUAUUUAGCCAGUUUAAAGUGUAUAUUUAUUCAUAAUGGAUUAUAACAGUUAUAUUUUUGUGUUUUCUUGUAAAUGUUUCUUUUCCCUUAAAGCAACAAAUAUUUCAUUUGUAACGCUUAUUUUAUUACGAGCUUCAAGGAGAGGACUUCAAGACCGAGUAAGGUGUGAGGUUAUAAUUUGUGGUUGCUGAUAUGAACACUGCCACAAAAGGGUAGUUGUUUUUAAAAUAAAUAGCUAGCUGAGUGGUAGACAUUUAAUUUUUUAAAUGCCUUGUACAAAUUCCAAAACCAACUUCAAACUGUUUUCACUUGUAUUGAUUUUAUGUUGUAUGAAUCCCAAGCUCUCCUGUUAAUUAUAUACCUUUGUAAGACAUUUGUAUAUUGCGGAAGUGUUCAUUCAAGCUAUUUAAUACCUGGCACUGUUAAUACACAGUACUUUAUUGUACAGAUUGUUUUACUGUUUUAAUUGUAGUUCUGUGUACUUCUUUUGGCUGGGGAAAUAGGGGCUGGCAUGUUUUUCUUUGUUUUCUGGCAAUACAACAUGUAAGAAUUCAAAGCAUUUUGUUUGUAGAUGCUAGAGUGUCAGAAUCCUUUACAUUUGACUUUUCUAAGAAAAGCAUUUUCAGUCUUCGUAGUGUGUGCUUAAGGUUAACUGAUUUUAUUGAAAAUGGUUUCAAAGUAUUCAGAAUUGUACAGGACUGUAAAAAUUUGUUGACAAACAUUGAAGGAAAAGCUUAUAGAAAAAAAGCUAUAAAAUAUAUAUUAGGUUCUGCAGAAAAUGGAGAAUUAUGUAAUAUAUUGUACAAAUGUAAGCAAAGGCCUCUGAAAUAAAAUGCCAUAGUUUGUGAAUCCCUGAUUUUGUUUCUAACAGUUUAAUUAAGUAACCAUAAUGUGUUCAUUUAAGUGACACCAAGCUGCAGAAUUAGUUUACACCAUAUCAAAUACAAUUUGCUAAUAACCAUAUGAAAAUGAGAUAGACCAAGUACAUUGGUCCCGUUUUCCUCUUAGCAGUCGGCUCAAAUUAAUCUUCUUCAGCAGAACAGGAGAGCUUCGCCUAUUGACAUCAUUACAGCAGAAUCAGUUGAAAUAAAGAUGAGCUUUGGUUCGUGUUAAUUCAGGUAGCUUGGCAAUGAAUAAGAGAGCUCCUGGAAAUACUUGCUGGCUUUUAAUAACAACCGGUUAAGUUCUGAUAUGGUAGAAGUGAAACGUGAAUGAAGUCUUUAGUUAUAUCUGCUUAUACCACAUCUGGCCUUCAUUCAGCUGACCAAAAUACUGUUGCACCUGCAAAAUGAGGGAUUACCAGUGAGGAUGAUAAACGACUGAUAAGUUUUGGACACUUGGUUCAUAAUGAGCAGUGAUCUGAGACUGCUGGGAGUAAUUUUUUCAUAAUACAGAAAUCAGAGUUGUAAUAGUUCAGUUCUGUCUGCAGUCCCAGGAGGCGCAGCUGGUGAUGCGACUGGAAACUGCAUUUGGGCAACUGAGUGCACUCAGCCUCCCCCUCGCUGCUGGUUCUGGGUCAGCCUGUCUCAGUGCCAGCACUUUCUCUUUGACACAACAAUCAUUCACUCCUGCUCUCUGGGGGGGGUUUGUUUACUUCUGUAAAAUGGAAUAAUGGAGAGGCUCCUCAUCAGCCGCCUCCCCUAGCUUCCCCACUGCUAAAUUAAGUUGGAAGUUUUUGCAUAAAUAGGGAUUUUUGCUGUUCUUUAUUACAGGGAUUGUUUAAUUUUGUGUGUCUUGCGUGCGGUUUAAUGAGUAAUCAAAAGCAGCUCUGGGUGUUUUAUAUUGCACCUCUUCCGUGAAGUGUUUGCAAAUGGUUUGUGUUACUUGUGUCCCAGUGGUUACAAAUGAAGAUUCCUUUGCCAGACUGUUUAGCUAGGCAAAUUUGUCCAAGUUUCCAGUAAGUGAAAUCUGAGCUUCUUUUCAAUUGGUAUAUUGUAAUGCAGCUUAAGCAUGGGUGCGCUUCCUGCUCGGCGGUCACACUGUGCUUAAAGCUGAGCAAGAACACGUGCCCGUACCCUGGAGUGCCUGCUCUGAGGGUGACCUUAGAGGCAAAACUACCCCGUGCUUAGGCUUCACGCCUCGGCUGGGUGACAGAUGCGUUCUGUGCCUCGUGUUUGCUCACGGUGAGAACAGCUGAGGGUGGGCUGUCGGCGUGUGCUGAGAGCACAGCUGGCUUGCAGGCUGCCGGUGUUGCUCCUGCCUCCCCUUAUUUGCAGUCCCCCUCGUGCUUGUAUGUCCUUGGCACUGUGCAGUUUCUGUCAUGCCAUCCCAUUUCCUUCUCUGCCUCAGACCCUGAGCUCCUGGAGCCUGGCUGUGCCUUUUGUCGCGCAUCAGCAAUUGCACGUCUCCGCUAACAGUCAGCUGAACGCGUGUCCAGGGUCGUUUUGAUGUUUUGAUGGUUCGGGCCGUGCUGCACCACCGCGUCGCCUACACCCUGCUCUGCCCCGUGAAGGCAGAUGGGGCAGGGCAGCCGCCCCCUGCCCCUUUUCAGCAGCCCCUUCAGCCUCUACGUGGCGCGCGGUUUUCUACUCCGUCCUUAUUGCUGUCGUGCCUUGUAGCGUUAAAGUUAGGUUUUAGGAAGAAAAGCUGUAGGAAAAGAUCCCAGUAAGGUAUCUACCUCGGCUAGCUGCCCAGGGCCCUGCCCCGGCCACGCACCCCUCACCGCACGCAGCCCCCGCCAUCUUCUCCCUCCCGGCUCCGCCCCCUCUCGCC